GAUGGUGGACCUGAUGCGUAUUUGCGGGUUAGAUGUGUUUUUCUUCAGCAAAGGCCAGAGAGCAAGAAGUGAGGAGAGAGAGACAAGAGUGCGAGACAGAGUGAUAGCUUCAGUGAGAUAGAUGGAUAUAUAGUGGGUGGGUUGAGGUUUCUAGAGAGGAGACAUGCCCAACUUGAACCCAACACUUUUUUAAGUACUUUGUUUCUUCAUACCUUACCAGAUCCCAAAGGUCAAAAUCUAAAUUUUAAGUAAUGGCUGUGUUGAAGGUUCCAUGAAGCCAUUUAUCUUGUUGAAUCGUCCUGAUACCGAGUUCAAUUGUUCACAAGUUGAUUCUAAUCACUCAAUGGCUCAUGCUCCUUAUCAUUAUAGUGACCCAAUUUUCGCCAGUUCAUUAGUUGCUUAUGGACAACAGGCUAUUAAUCAACCCCAACUGUUGCCCCAGAUGCUGGGAUUAACAUCCACCAGAGUUGCAUUACCACUUGAUCUUGCAGAUGAUGGGCCCAUUUAUGUUAAUGCGAAACAAUACCAUGGUAUACUUAGAAGACGACAAUCACGUGCAAAGCUUGAGGCUAAGAACAAACUCAUCAAAAGUCGUAAGCCAUAUCUCCACGAGUCUCGUCACCGCCAUGCCUUGAAUAGGGUCAGGGGAUCUGGAGGGAGAUUUCUCAGCAAAAAACAGCUUGCACAGUCUAAUGCAGAACUUGUCAAUGGUGCACAUUCUGGCUCUGAACCUGUCAACAUAUUAUAUCAAAAGAAAGAUGCAUCAAAGGGGGAAAGUAAUUCCUCAAGAACUGAAGAAAAUGCAUCAUCUUCCAUCACAACCUGCUUUGACAGAACAUGUUUAUCCAGUAAUAGUGUCAAUUUUAGGCAUCCUGAGCGCAUGUUUCUUGGGAACUCCUCAAACAUGGGUGGAGGAGCACCACCACAAUGCAGUGGGGGAAUCACCUUUGGUGGAACAAAGCAACGUGCUUCAGUUGUCCGGUGAGAGAUGGAACCAAACAAAUAUCUAUUUCAUCGGUCAGGCAAAUCAUCCUUGGCUCUUUGUUUUUCAUGUGUUCUUACAAACAUGUCUUUUUUUAAGAGACUUUGCAAUCUGCAUUAGCACUUGGACA